UCGAGGGCGGCCAGCGGGGAUUCCUCGUCGUCCUCCUCCUCCUCCGCCUCCUCUUCCUCCUCCGGGAUUUGCACGGAGUUUGCAGCAACUCCCCUUUGUCCUCCUCCUCCUCCUCCUCGGCUCUCUCUGCCCCCCUCGCCGCGUCGAUCCCUCCCUGCUUUCCUCCUUUUGCAGAAAGAAAACUCCGGCGGCUGCAAAGAGCGAGCCGGAGAGGAGAGGAGAGGAGGAAUGGGGGGCCAAAGGCUACGCGAGGCCCCAGUGCGGACGGCGCCGGGCAGCCGCCGAGGCCGGGACUUGGACCCGCUGGGCCAGGCGGCGCCGUGUUGGCUUGUUGUGCUGGUGCCGUUGCUGCUGCUGCUGCCGCCCGUGGCUCACACCCAAGAAGAGCCGAACUGCCGCGGAGCUUACGACUUGUACUUUGUCCUCGAUAAAUCAGGGAGCGUCACAGCAAAUUGGUUUGAAAUCGUUGACUUCGUGAAGCAGCUGACAGACAGAUUUGUGAGCCCCCGGACGAGAUUAUCCUUCAUCGUGUUUUCCAUGCAAGCGAAGGUCAUUCUGCCUUUAACACAAAACCAUCAAGACAUUAAGAGAGGCCUUGAAGAGUUACGUAAUGUUAAGCCAGGAGGUGAAACAUACAUGCAUGAAGGAUUAAAAGAAGCGAAUAACCAAAUCCAGAAUGCAGGAGGCUCGAAGUCAAAUAGCAUCAUCAUCGCUCUGACAGAUGGAAAGUUGGAAGGCCUCAUACCCCAAUAUUCAAAAAAAGAGGCAGAUCUGGCCAGGGAACUGGGAGCGAGGGUUUACUGCGUUGGAGUUCUCAAUUUUAACCAAGAACAGCUUGAAAGUAUAGCUGAUUCGAAAGAGCAAGUCUUCCCAGUCAAGGAAGGAUUCCAAGCCCUCCGAGGGAUAAUUAAUUCCAUUCUGAAGCAGUCAUGCACAGAGAUUUUAUCUCUGGAGCCCUCGAGCGUCUGUGUAGGAGAGGAGUUUCAAGUUGUUCUGACAGGAAGUGGAUUCAAGUUGGGAAGGACGCAGGACAGCGUCGUCUGCACCUUUGAAAUGAAUGGAACCAAAAUUCAUGAGAAGCCCAGGGAGGUGGAAUCUGAGUAUAUGCUCUGCCCAGCACCCAUUCUCCAUGAAGUUGGCCAAACAAUGGAUGUUUUUGUCAGUUUGAACCGAGGGCAGGCACUCAUCUCCAGCUCUUUAACCAUUACUGCAACAGAAUGUGCAAGUGGCAUCGGUGCACUUAUAGCUAUUCUCGUAUUGUUACUAUUGCUUGGUCUUGCUCUCCUCUGGUGGUUCUGGCCUUUGUGUUGCAAACUGGUCAUUAAGGAUCCUCCUCCAGUUAUACCACCAGCUCCACCAGAGGAAGACGAUGAUGAUCCUUUCCCUUCAAAGAAAUGGCCAACGGUGGAUGCUUCCUAUUACGGUGGACGAGGAGUUGGAGGAAUUAAAAGAAUGGAGGUCCGUUGGGGUGAUAAAGGAUCGACUGAAGAAGGUGCCCGGCUAGAGAAAGCCAAAAAUGCGGUGGUAAAACUCCCUGAUGAGCCUGAAGAGCCAUUUCAACCUAGAACGCCAAAGCCCAGGCCUACCUCAGUGCCCACUCAGGAAAAGUGGUACACGCCUAUUAAGGGUCGACUGGAUGCUUUGUGGGCUUUGCUGAGGCGGCAGUAUGACAGAGUGUCUUUGAUGCGACCGCAGCAAGGAGAUGAGGGUCGGUGCAUGAACUUCACCCGCGUUCAGUCGCAGUGAGGGAGAGCGAAAGGAUGAACAGCCAUCACUUCCAUAUUGUAACCAAAGAAAGACAAUGAAGCACUUAUGGAAAUCCUUAGAACAACUUCAGCCUCACAGCUGGAUGUUUGCUCCAUUUGGUUCCACCACAAGCCACCUACUGCUGCACUAGGCUCCUAUGUCCGCCAUUUUCUUUUUCGCUUGUUACCUCAUAUAGUAUUCAACACAGUAUUAUAUGACUUGCGAUGGUGACGUGAAGAACUUUGGCUUUGCAUGCCCAGGCUUCCUCUGAAAAUGCAGUACAGGAAUUGCAAGCGAAACGCCAACUGCGUUGGUGUUUGGUGCUGUUAUUGCUGUUGAACUAUACAUACUCAAGCCUUUAUGUGCCUCUGCCAGAAGCUGCAUUGUUUCUUGGAUGUGAAGACGGCACUUGUUAUUUAAAUAGGAAACUAUUCGCCACAGGCAGAAGAGUGAAAUUCCCACCAGGCUUGGAAAAAUGUAAGAGUUUAUUGCCUUACAGCGAUGUCAUAUCACUAAACCCUUCUGAGGCCCAUGCGCUCCUCCCCCACAUCGGAAUGUGCCUUACGGGAACCUUCUGACUGAAGUUCUUGUCACUUUAACACUGAGUAGUGCACAUGCAUGACAAAAUGUAGACAUGGCGCCUCAAGGUAUGGGUGACAAGCAAGACUUUGCCCUUUAGUUUCUGAAGACACCUUUCUUUCAUUAUGCACCCAGGACAGGAAGGAAAAAUUAAUAGAGCGUUAUUCUACAAGAAGAAAGCCUGUAACCAAAGAUCUUGUGUCGAGAUUGAGGGAGUGAAGCUUCAAGGCCUUGGCACCGUGGAUGAUAUUUUUUUCUCUCCCCCUUUUCUGCACUUGGCGCUCAGUAGUGCAUAAAAACAUUACCCUCUGUAAACAUACCUAGUAAUUCUAGGCUUACGUAUUAUUAUGAUGAUAAGAUUGAAAAAAAAAGCAGUUGCCACAAAGCUGGUAUCUCAGGGUCCGUCUCUCUCUCUCCCCCCCCCCCAAAUCUCCAAGGGCUCUUCAGCGUCACAAGCCAGCAACUCUCUUUGCAUGAGAAUUUCAAAGUUUAAUUAAUAUAAUUAAAGGCAACAGCAAGCAGCAGCCUGUGAAGGUUUUGCUCAUCUUUUUUAUGCCUUUUGACAUUGAAUGACCUAUUACUGUAUGCGCAUUACUCAGUUUUUGAGGGGGGUCCCAUGCCUUGGUGGAGAUUCAACAUUGGGGCCAAAGAGAGAGAGAGAGGGAGAGAAGGCGAGAAACCUCCUUUCCACUAUUUAUAAAUUAAAUGUACAGGAGUGCCGGCCAUCAGAAAACAUUGACGAAGUAUGUAUUAUAAUUUUUUUUUAGAAAAACCAGCGUUGUGUCACGUCGGCGAUGCCAAAUUAUGUUAGCGUGAGUGGAAACACUGUGGGGGAGGAAGGAGGCAGCAGCUGAAGAAAAAGGCUCAAAUGAUCCAGUCACUUUCGAUACUGUACUUCAGAUGCAAAAUGGAUAUUCGAGUCGAAACCUGACAAAGUGCGCCUACUUUGAUGGGAACCGGUAUAGACAAUGACCAGUGGCUGGGUCAGUGGGAUGUCUCUCUGCGAGAAGGGAGGCUUAUCAAAUGACACUAAAAAUAAGUUCAACAACCAUCACGUUUGAGGGGAAAAGGCGAACAUUUCAUGUUUGGUGGGCAUGCAUGUGCGCAAGGCGGGAAAGAGCGAAGGGAUGCGAGCUGGUCUAAUUAUCCCCUUUGUUGCUUCUCAUUGAAAUCUCAAGGGAUGUAAAAUCAUUCCCUUGGUCGAUGGCCAAAUUUGCAGAUCUUCCCGAACAAGCCUUCCACCACGACGUCGUCUCUUGCUCACAUCUAUUAUUGGCUUGAGAUUAUUUACAUCACGGGUAGCAUUGCCAACACCCCACGUGAGCUCAAAUGAAUAAAAUCCUUUUCCUAAGGUUCUACUACAAGUCAUUUCUCUUGUAUUUAAGCCCUUCUUUCCAGAACUGAUGCAUCCUUUCACUGGGGUUGCACUCGUCUCCCGCUACUGGCUUCCACUCAUAGACCCACCUUCUCAUGUCAUCACAUGAGUUCCAGGAAGGCAUGUCACAGGAUAACUCAGGGGACUAACGCUUGUAGUAUUAUUUAAAUUUGUCAGAUGCUACAGCAUGUGUAAUAUAUGGUGUUAGCAAUAUAAAUAAAACGAACUGCCACCACAACCACUUUUCUGCAAACUCUAGGGGAUUACAGAAUUCUAGCUUUAAGACCAGAUCUGCAGACCUUUUAGACAGGGUUAGCAAUGUGAUAACGUAGUCGAUUUUAUGUACAAAACACAUAAUACAUGCAGUUUCUUCACAAACAAAUAUUUAGUUUACUGCAAACAUCGGUUAAGUGUCUGUAAAUUCUUAUUUUCUGUGCUCAUGGUGAAAACCAAAUCAUGUACAUUUUCUAAUUUGCUACUCUGAAUUUGCCUAGACAAAUGGUACUACAGACUUGGGUCAAGAUAUUGAAUCAUCCAGUAUGGAAUUUGAAAUAAAUUCACAUUCCAUGUGUAA